UGGCUGCCUUCAUCUCUCCAUCUCUGCGCUGCUGCUGGCUGCGCCAUCCCUCACCCAGACUCCGUUGCUGGCUGGGCCCCCACCUCCAGCUACAGGGACCCUAUCCCAGCAAGACCGCAGGCAUGUCAUCGGAAAAGUCAGGCGUAUGCAGGCGGGACCCCGGGCGGGACGGGAGUGACCUCCACUCUCCCCCCACCGCCCCAGGGUCCAGGGCUGGCCCUACUGGAGCCCAGGCGCCCGCCGCACGACUACAUGCCCAUCGCGGUGCUGACCACCAUCUGCUGCUUCUGGCCUACGGGCAUCAUCGCCAUCUUCAAGGCAGUGCAGGUGCGCACAGCUUUGGCCCGCGGAGACAUGGUGUCGGCCGAGAUCGCAUCACGAGAGGCCCGAAACUUCUCCUUCAUCUCCCUGGCGGUGGGCAUCGCGGCCAUGGUGCUCUGUACUAUCCUCACGGUAGUCAUCAUCAUCGCCGCGCAGCACCACGAGAACUACUGGGAUCCCUAAAAACGCCCCAGGUGCGGCCCCAUUCUGCGCCACUCGACCUCCCAGGCGCGUUCUGCAAUCCUGCCGCGGACGCAGUGGGUGCCCUAUACACCCACCUCCGGGGCCGUCAGACUUCGAUACAUCUUAAACUCCGCCUCCACGGAACCGCUUGCCUUGAAAGCAAGCUCCGAAUCCAGUUCCUCAGGACCCCCUCCAAAGCCCACACCCCCAGGGACGCCGCUUUCCGGAAUCCCUGCCAAUCGUUGGGCCCUCAGUCGCUCCAGGCCCACAUUCCCUCAAAGUUCAGCGCCCCCGACCGAGCGCCCUCGAUCUGGCCCCCAAAGCCCCGCCUCCUCUAUAGGCUCCGCCCCAGCUCUGACAAAACCCCGCCUCCAGGUCGGCAGGCUCCGCCUUCUUUUCUUCGCGGGGUGUUUCAGGCCGGUGGUUGGGUUUUUGGCUCCAGGCCUCUCGCGCGGAAGGACGAACUCUUCCCUUUCUCCCGGCGAGAGGGCCGAGCCCCGGGGUAGCCACGCUCCCACGCUCACUCCUCUUUUUGCAAGUACAGUUUUCUUUCCUCUUCCAUCCAGGUCUGCCUAUUUUCUUGCUAAUUCCAGAACCUCUCUUGUUUUUGCAAUGACAGUUGGGAAGUUCCUCGUUUAGGACCCUUUCCCCUGGGAUAAGAAACAUGUACUGUUCUCUGUAAAUACUCCCUUCCACCCAUAUCCACCCCCGGGCAGCCGGGCAGAAGGGAACCCAGGAUAUGGACCUCCCAAUCCGGGGAGAGAGCCGCCCCGCUCUUCCUGCCCCUCGGUGGUCCUCGCCUUGUUCUGAUCUGUGUGUGCGUGUGUGAACUUCCGAAACACAAUAUUAAAGAAACUUAGUGGAUUUA